AAGAUUCAACACGUGAACUAGAUUGCUUUAACUUUGAAACAGGAAUAGAUUUAAUGUAAUUUUAAAUACGAUGGAUGCCAAUAGGCAGAACAAGGGGAGAAAUGGGCGAACGCGGCCUAAAAAACUUUAUGAUGGUGUGGAUGACGAAAAAUUGGAUUUAAAGAUAGACAGUAUAAAAGAAAAAGUUAAAACCCCUUGUAUUGUAUAUAUUUUAACGUUCUUUUCAACUCUUGGAGGCUUCACGUUUGGUUAUGACACAAGCGUGAUAUCAGGUGCUUCAAUAUUCUUGAAAAAAGAAUUUGGCCUUACUAUAGUGUGGCAGGAACUUGUGGUAUCAGUGAUGUUGGCAACUGCGGCCAUAUUCGCACUCGUAGGUGGCAUGUUGAACUCGAAGCUGGGGCGCAGAGGUGUGAUACUUGUAUCAUGUGCUGUAUUUGUAUGUGCCGCUAUUUUGAUGGGGAUCUCAGUAGACAAGUACAUGCUGCUUGCUGGGAGACUCUUGGCAGGGGCAGCUAUUGGUAUGAUGUCAACAACAGUACCAAUGUAUUUAGCAGAAUGUUCGCCAGCAAACAUACGCGGAAGACUUGUAGCUACAAAUGUUGCCAUGGUGGCCUGUGGUCAGUUUGUAGCUGGAAUUGUCGAUGGACUAUUCAGUGCUAAUCAGAAAAAUGGAUGGCGGUUCAUGCUUGGACUGUCAGGGGUUCCAGCGGUGCUGCAGUUUUUAGGCUUCAUCUUCAUGCCAGAGAGUCCACGCUGGCUGAUAGUGUCCAGACAGGAGGAGCUGGCCCGGCGCGUGCUGCAGACCAUCCGUGGGCAGCUGGAUAUCGAGGAGGAAUAUGAGAGCAUCAAGACCAGCUGUGCUGAGUCAGAGGCCAAUGCACAGAUGAGUCACAAGCUGCCGGUGGUUCUACAAAUGUUCAAGUACCCACCCAUCAGGCGGGCCCUCAUUAUCGGUUGCUUCCUGCAGAUGACACAGCAGCUGGCCGGUAUCAAUGCUGUCAUGUAUUACAGUGCAACAAUAAUUAAGAUGUCUGGCGUGAGAAGUGAUGAGGUGGCAAUCUGGUUAUCAGCGAUGACGUCAGCUAUGUACCUCAUGUUCACUCUGAUGGGAGUGUAUCUUGUGGAGAAGAUUGGACGAAGGCCACUAACUCUUGCAAGUCUUACAGGUGUUAUCAUCAGUUUGUUGCUCCUGUCUGUUGGGUUCCAUGUGACGUCCCUGAACACUCCCACCAUCCCAUUGUCCAACAACCUCAUGUCACCCAACUUCACAUCAGCUUGCUUUAAUUACAGGACCUGCAAUGACUGCAUAAUGGAUGUUGCUUGUGGCUAUUGUUAUGACGACGACCAUGACUUGGGCCCAGAUAACUCGUCCUGCCUACCCAUCCAGGGAGACAACCCUUGGAAGGCUGCCUCUGGGCCCUGCAGUCAGGGGACACUACCCAGCAAGCUGAACUGGGCCUAUGAUUACUGCCCCUCUCCCUUCUCCUGGAUGCCUCUUGUGGGACUUGUACUUUACCUUGUGACGUUUGCACCAGGCAUGGCACCAAUGCCCUGGACCAUCAAUUCUGAGAUCUACCCACUGUGGGCACGUAGCACUGCCAUCGCCAUAGCUUCCUGCACCUACUGGGUUUUCAACCUUCUUGUCUCCAUGACCUUUUUGACCUUGACAGAAUAUCUCACACGCUUUGGCAUAUACCUCCUAUACGCUGGACUGGCACUGUUUGGAGCCCUAGUUUUGUAUGUGUGGCUCCCAGAGACGAAGGGCAAAAGCCUGGAGGAGGUGGAGGGGCUGUUUGCCGGGCCUUGGUGCGGCGCUGUGGCAGGCGUUGACUACAACACCAAAACCAUCCAGUAUGUGCAUAUACGGGGCCUCAACCGGGAUGGUCGCGAGUCAGAGCUGGACUCACCGGAGUGACACUAGUUCUUAUUAAACACUUUAGCAAAAGUUAAAAUUGCCAUAUGCAACCAGCAUAAAACCAGCACAGCUUUGGGGUAGCUCGCAGUCUGUUAAGGUUUUAUGCUGUUUGAUGCUCAUCAAGGUUGGACAUGAACCUUCAAGUGCAUGUUAGGGGUAUCAACUUGGAUGGCAAUGUUCGAGCUGGAUUCACCAAAGUGACACUAGUUCUUGUUUUGCCCUUGACCACUCAGAUACACACUUCGACCUGUAUGUUGUCCCUUGACCACUCAGAUACACACUUCGACCUGUAUGUUGUCCCUUGACCACUCAGAUACACACUUCGACCUGUAUGUUGUCCCUUAGAAAAUUGAAUUUAAGACCUUUCUCACUAUAUUCAAGUGUUAAAGGCUACAUUUUCAACCCCUUAGAUACUGAUAAGGAGCAAACAAAAUAUGAACAGACUGUGAGUUACUGCCACUGAAUUUCACUUUGCUUGUUAGUUGGAAAUGGUUAGGCAAUCAGAUGUAAUUUCAAGAAACUUAACAUUUGGAAUAAUAUGAAUUAAUAGGAAAAAUUAAUAGGAAACAAGUUCUUAACCAUUUUGAAUAACUUGGUUUAAUGUUCUGUCUUGUAAGCAUGCAUUUUGAGGAAAACUUGUAUUACAUUAUGCAUGUUUAGAACUGAUGCUUGUUAUACUUGACACAGAUGAGGAAAUCAAAAUGUGUGAGUUGGGGUCAACUGUUCAGAAUGAUGCUGUUCAUUGUUAUGUUUGGGAAAACUGUGUGAUGUAGUAAUCUAUGUAACUACUUGUCAUUUAAUCAAAUUAUAGAAAACAAAUCAUUGAAGUAAAAUGUUAACCAAUAACCAGUAAGAGCUGACACAGUGACCUAUACAAACAAAUAGGUCCCUGGUUGAUGUUACCAAAAAUAUUUAGAAGUCACUUGGUUUUAUUUGUUUGAAAAUUCUUUUU